UGUAGUGAAUGGUGUUAUGGAUACGUUAUUAAUGACACUGCUCUCUGUUGCCAGCAUUUGUAACAAUCAGUAGAUUUUGAAAUUAUUACUAGUGCGUUGCUUGACACUGGCAGUCUCUUCAUGACAGCACCACCAAAGAGCCUUUAUAACAGUGCUUACCGAUCGCGAAGAAUUUCCAGGGUAGUUCCGUUCCGUUACCGAUUCCAUAAAGAACAUUUUGUGGUAUCGUCAGAGUGCGCGGUAUCCACCUUAACUAUCCGCAUCAACUGGGAUCCGUGACGUGACAUAAAAACGGGAACAUCGUCCAUUGCAUCCCAAGAUAACAAUCAAGACCGGACAAUUAGCUAAGAGAACCGAUAUUAAUAUCGUAUUCGGUUAGCUCUGCAAAUACCAAUCAUUUGCAUUACAAUUAAUAGGACAAAAAGAUUAAGUAGGCUUUGUGACUUUACCUAAAUCUUCCGGCUUCCGGAGUCGGCCAAACUACUUCGUCUCUAGUCGCUCAUCCUCUUCCACCGUUCCGGCGGAAUUCAGGAACGACCAUGUAAUUAUUCCAUGGAGGCCGAGCGCUUUCUCAGCCGGCUUCACAUCCACAUCACAAUUAACUAGUGCGAAAGAGUAGCCCAACGGCAACCAUCAUCGGGAAAGCCAGCGCUAAAGAACUUGUCCUGAUCGUUGUAGACGUUAAGCUGAAGAAACAAACAAACAAACAAAUUCAACGCACCGACCAUGUUUGCCGCUUUUUCCGCUGUUUCCACAGAAUUUCCACAAAAUAAUUCCGUCAGGGCAGAAGUUUGUCGUUAGAGCCACGCAAUAAUGCCGCUGGGGUGACUUCUGCACCGCAUACGGACUGCAGUCCAGGCAACGCUGUCCUUUCCAAGUCAUGACGUGCGUCAGCGGCUUUGGCGGCUUCAGGCAGACCGUGCAGUUCAUUACGAACUUACAACUGCUGACUGCAGCAACACUUGCAUAUUUCACUGGGCAGUCAAUGACUCAAUUAUUUCCGGAGCUCCGUUGUUUGUUUCAUGCACCCAUCUCGAAUGUCUCUGCUCUCCGUCAUACUCUUAAGGUGGAUACGCGCCUCCGUAGCGAUAGCCUUGGCCAAGCUUAUGCGGAGCGCUGUAUCUGCCAACGACUCAUCUUCGUGGCUAAAACUGCUUUCCGCUCCCUCAGCGAUCCUCUCUCUCCCAGGCGCUAGUAAAAAGUCUCGGAAAACCUCCAUCACAUCGCACAUCCGGGACCAGAUCGCUAAAUUUGAGAGCGGCGAACUUGACGAUGAAGAACCCAAAGCCGCCCCUGGUAAGCCUCGGCGCGCUACUCCCGAGGACGAGAUCGCCCGUCGAGUGGGUAUUCAGAUUGAUGAUUUUAACGUCAGUGGAGCGGCACGCACUCUGCUCUUGUCGGACUCUGUAGCUGAUAGUACCCCGAUUGUAAUAGAAUCAAUGAAGCUUAAACACCCAGCUGCCCCGUUACCUACACCGCCGCCCGAUCCCCCAGCCUCUAGUUUCGCCCCUCUUACCCCCGCUGAGGUUUUAUCUGUCCUAGAGGCGAUGCCUCGUGGCAGCGCAGGAGGCCUGGAUUACCUGCGUCCCCAACAUUCGCUGGACCUAAUUGGGGCAAGAAUGGAUGACGCCGCAUCUAGUUUGUGUGACGCUCUGACGGACCUGCUCAACCUUAUCUUAGCAGGCAAAGCUCCUCCUGAGGUGGUUCCACUCUUGUGUGGCGCUCGACUGGUUGCCUUGCGUAAAAAGGAUGGUGGCUUGCGCCCGAUCGCCGUAGGAAAUAUAUACCGCCGUAUUGCUGCCAAGGCGGUGGAUAUCCGAAUUAGGCCAGUCACAGCGGAGAUUCUACAACCACAUCAACUAGGCCCCGGAGCAAAGAGAAGAGUCGAAGGAAUUAUCCACGCAGCUAGAGGUUUCCUCAGGAAACCUCUAGCUUUCCUGCUCCAAUAUAGUAGCGGCCUUAAAGCUCUUCUAAAAAUCGAUUUCACCAACGCCUUCAACUGCGUCUCACGCGAGGAAGUGCUGCGGAUAACGGCUGAAGUCAUACCGGAAUAUUACGGCUUUGUGAAAAUGUGCUACGGUUCAUAUUCUUCGCUGUUCUUAGGUGAAACAAUAAUUGCCUCGCAGUCUGGCGUGCAGCAAGGGGAUCCUCUUGGUCCGGUCUUGUUUUGUUUAGUACUUCAGUUCGUCAUCGACAAGCUAAACGCUUACCUGAACGCUUGGUACAUGGAUGAUGGGACAUUAGGAGGAACACCAUCGGAAGUGAUCCGCAACUUCCUGCUGCUGAUAGUGGAAGCUAAGAAAGUCGGCCUGGAAGUCAACAUCGCCAAGUGCGAACUGUUUUUGUGCGGGGGCACCGAAGCACAGCGUUCAUCGGCCGCUAACGAGUUCACCAGUUUAUUCCCUGGAAUAGCUUUAGUAACAGCGGAUAAGCUAAAUUUGCUGUGAUCCCCUCUUCUACCAGCCGCCAUAAUCCCGAUGAUCAAUGAAAAAAUCAACCACUUGGGAAUUAUGUGCGGCCGUUUGCAGCUUAUUCCUAAACACCAAGCCCUGUUCCUGUUGAAGAACUGCCUUGGGGUGCGAAAAAUAGUACAUAUCUUGCGCACUUCCCUCGCAUGGAUGUUUCCACAAGAGCUGUACAGACUGGACCAGGUAUUUCGCGAAGCAGUUGAGACCAUCACCAAUGUAAAGAUGGAUCACCCAACAUGGCUGCAGGCCUCCCUUCCCGUUCGUUUCGGGGGUUUGGGAAUCAGACGAACUGAGAAGCUAGCUCCUUCUGCCUACUUGGCAUCGGCUACUUCGUUACACCCACUGAUUUCCAAGCUGUGCCCGAAACUGACGGCAACGGAUGUUACUACCGCCACCCGCGCCUGGAAGUUAGAGGCCGACACCGAUGAAAUUCCGGCGCAAGCCAUCCGACACGUCCAGAAAGCCUGGGACACUCCUGUGACCCUAAAUGCGUUUUCAAGGCUGACUACGCUACGGACUUUACCGGAGGAAGUCGCGCACCUGAAGGCGGUAUCAGUCCCGGAAUCAGGUGUGUGGAUUCAUGCUUUACCCGCAGCCUGCCUUGGUAUCUCCUGGAGGACAAUGCCUUCCGCAUCAGUGUUGCUUUGCGUCUGGGAGCACCAAUAGUACUCCACAUGUGUGCGUUUAUGGAGGGUUGGUCGACGAGUUAGGCCGGCAUGGACUUCGCUGUAAGCGGUCUGCCGGAAGACUACCACGACAUGACGGAAUCAGUGCGGAAUUUGCCUGAGGCUUGAAGUCAGCCGGUUUUCCCUCUAGAAUGGAACCAAAAGGUCUGUCUGUGAAGGAUAGGAAAAGGCCGGACGUGAUCACACUAAUACCGUGGGCGCGCGGAAAACCGCUGGCCAUAGACGUCACCUGCGUAGACACGCUGGCGGUUUCCUAUAUCGACCGCACUUCCGUGAACGCCGGCGCAGCAGCCGAACUCGCAGAAAGGAAGAAACUAGCGAAACACGCUUGGAUGCAAGCAAGAUACGAUUUCGUUGCUGCAGCCAUCGAAAUUUACGGACCUUAUGGAGACGGUACUAAAAAGCUAGUGGAAACGGUUGGAAACGGUAUAGCAACUUCAACUGGCCAAAAGCGGGCGAAAGAGUUUUUUAAACAGCGAAUAUCUAUGCAAAUACAACGGGGAAACGCGAUUUGUGUAAUGGGUACGAUCCCCGAUCAGGAUUGCAUAGAGGAAGUGAUUCUUUUGUAAAUGCCGUUUUGUUCUGGUGCAUAGUUUGUACCCGUACCAUGAUACUUAUUAAAGGUUUGGCCGUAGGUGGAUA